AUGACUUCGUCCUCUGCUGCUUCCUUACAUAAUCCAUAUUUCAGUCAAAACUCUGGUCAAAAAGAUAUUUGGUCUCUUAUUAAUGAGACUGCUGCUGCUGCCCAGGCCGAAUCUGGUAAGCCAAUUGUUAACUUGGGUCAAGGGUUUUUCAGUUAUAGUCCUCCAGAUUUUGCAAUUCAAGCUGUUAAUCAGACGAUUGAAAAAGCUCAAUUUAAUCAAUAUGCUCAUGCCAGAGGUAACCCUAAUUUAUUAAAUCAAUUGGCUAAGUUAUAUACUGAAGAAUUGGGUCGUGAUGUUUCUACUGAUAAUUUACAAAUUACCACUGGUGCUAAUGAAGGUAUUUUUUCAAUCUUCUUUGGUUUUUUAACUGGUGGCGAUGAAGUCAUUGUCUUUGAACCAUUUUUCGAUCAAUAUAUCCCAAAUAUUGAAAUGACUGGUGCUAAAGUUAAAUAUGUUGAAUUAAAAUAUCCUUCUAAAUUUGAUUCUCAAAAUGUUAGUGGCGAUGAUUGGGAAGUUGAUUGGGAAGGUUUGGAAAACUCAAUUUCUGAUAAGACUAAAAUUAUCGUUAUUAACACUCCUCAUAAUCCAAUUGGUAAAGUUUUCAAUGAAGAAGAAUUAACCAGAAUUGGUCAAUUGGCUAUAAAACAUAAUAUUAUCCUUGUCAGUGAUGAAGUUUAUGAAAAUUUAUAUUAUUUACCGAAAUUUCCUCGUCCUGCUAAUUUACCUAAUUUACCCGAAUUAGCUGAACGUACUUUGACUGUUGGAUCUGCUGGUAAAUCUUUUGCUGCCACUGGCUGGCGUGUUGGUUGGGUCCAUGGUCCAAAAGACUUGAUCCCUUAUGUAACUGCUGCUCAUACUAGAAUUUGUUUUUCAACUCCUGCUCCUUUACAACAAUCAGUUGCUGAAGCGUUUGUUAAAGCUUCUACUAAUAAUUAUUUUGAAACUGUAAGAAAACAAUACUUGAAAAAAUAUGAAAUUUUUCAACUGGUAUUUGAUGAUUUAGGUUUACCAUAUACUACUGCUCAAGGUGGCUACUUCUUACUAGUAAAUUUUGCUAAAUUGAAAUUACCAGAUGACUAUCAAUAUCCUCCAGAAAUCUUAUCUCGUAAAACAAAUGAUUUUAAAUUAGCUUAUUGGUUAAUUAAAGAAAUUGGUGUUGUUGGUAUUCCUCCAACCGAAUUUUUAACUACUGAAAAGAGAAUUGAUUUGCAGUUUGUAAAGAUGAUCAUGUUUUAG